UUGGACCAAUCCUUCUCUCCAAAUCCCUCCAAGAUGACUAGAUACGAUCUGCUCCAAACCGUAAAAAUAGCGUUCUUCCUAUCCUCCAUCUGCUCCAAACCCUAAUAUACUACGAUCUGCUCCAUCUGCUUGCCUUGAUUAAAAAAAUGUCGUACUUGCUGCCUCAUCUUCAUUCCGGUUGGGCAGUUGAUCAAGCGAUCCUCGCAGAGGAGGAGCGCCUCGUCCUUAUCCGCUUCGGUCACGACUGGGACGAGACCUGCAUGCAGAUGGAUGAAGUAUUGGCUUCAGUGGCGGAGACAUUAAAGAAUUUUGCAGUGAUAUACCUAGUGGAUAUAACUGAAGUACCUGACUUCAACACAAUGUAUGAAUUGUAUGACCCAUCAACUGUAAUGUUCUUCUUUAGGAACAAACACAUCAUGAUCGAUCUUGGAACUGGGAAUAAUAACAAGAUAAACUGGGCACUCAAGGACAAACAAGAGUUCAUUGACAUUGUUGAGACUGUCUACCGUGGUGCCAGAAAGGGCCGUGGUCUUGUCAUCGCUCCCAAAGACUACUCUACCAAGUAUCGUUACUGAUGUAUUGUGCUAUUUGUUGUGGUACAAACGCACAGAUUUGUAUUGUUCCUUGCUGUGCAUAUUUAAGACUAAGUCACACCUGCUUGUUGAUCGAUUGUGGAUACAUAUUCCUUGUGCCUGGCAAGUUUCAACGGUAUCUUAUCAGUUAUCAUGUUUGUGCACUUUGUCUGACUUUAUAUUCACCUUAUAAUUUGUGUUUAAAA